AUGACGAGUUCCAAAAUGCCAAAACGAGAUAGGAUCAGGAGGUACACAGAGGAAGAAGACGAAGAAGAAGAGGAAGAGCAAGAUGAGUAUCUCAAAAAAAGCAAACGAGCCGCAGGAAAUAAAAGAGAGGACGAUGAUGAUGACGAAAUGUCGCGGAUUUCAUUCGGAGCAUUGAAUAGAGCCCAACUCAAGAUCAAUCGAGAAGCCCCACAAGAACAAGAGGCAGACGAUGACGACGAAGAGGAGGACGAGUUUUUCUCAGACGACUCGCAGUCCGACUCAGCACCCGAGGAAUCAACAACAACAACAACAAGCAAGAAAAGAGGCAAACACGCCCCCGCCAUCGCCUCAAGCAAAAAACCCGUCUCGCGAAUCCGCGAAAUCCCCGGCCUACCCUCCGCUCGCAAAACGCAAUCAUUGCACUCAGACAUCAGAUUCGAUGCCGCAUACGGCAAAGCAGACAUGAACCAAGCGCGCAAAAACUAUGCUUUCUUGGACGAGUACCGAAAGCAAGAAAUCGCCAAGAUGGAAACCAUCUUGAAGGACCCCAAGCUGAAACUUAACCCAUACGAAAAGGAAGAGUUGAAAUUGCAGCUCCAGUCGCUCAAAUCUCGAAUGGACACGUUGCAGACUCGCGAUUUGCAGAAUCUGAUCUUGCGCGAGUACAAGAAGAAACUGUAUCUGGAUGUCAAACUGGGCAAAUCGACCCAGCCUCAUUUCUUGAAGCGCAGCGACAAGAGGAAGAUCUUGCAGAAGGCCAAGUUUGAUAGUAUGAAGCCGCAGCAGAGAGAAAAAGCUAUGGAAAGGAAGAGAAAGAGACGGUUGGGUAAAGAGUUUAAGCAAUUGGAAUUCAGAUCCAAUAAUAACUAG